GCUUAGCUCACUUGGCAGACCCGCCAAGUAUGUAAUUACAGCCGAACGCUGCAAGUUAACCUCAUUCCACUAUGCAACAGCCUCAUCCUCGUUUUUCUGUUCUAUCUGGUUCUUCGCUCUCUUCUGCAGAACAUCUUUCUCCGACUGCAAGCUCAACACGUUUCUCUUUACCUUCUGCGACAUCCAUAAAUACCGCUCUUGGCACGCCAAAACCAAGCCUUAGACCUAAUAUUUACGAUAGGAACCUUAAUAAAACACGGACGUCAGAAGUCUCUGCUUCCGCUUUCGCCUUCCUUUUCUCUGAGGUAGUCCAAUAUACGCAGAAACGUGUAAGUGGGAUCAAUGAUCUCGAACGGCGAUUAAACACCCUCGGCUAUCGCGCUGGAACCCGAGUCCUUGAGCUCAUGGUCUGGCGGGCAGAGUCGUCAUCCAAAGCUCCCAAACGAGAAAUUCGCUUUCUGCCUGCUCUCAUGUCCAUUCACACACAGGUGUGGAGGGCAGUCUUUGGACGCCCCGCAGAUGCAAUAGAGAAGAGCGUGGAGAAUGAAGAUGAAUACAUGAUUAUCGACAAUGAUCCUCCGAUCGAACGUCAUAUAUCUGUCCCUAAAGAUAUGAAUCAACUUAGUUGUUCUUCAUUCACUGCUGGGGUCGUAGAAGCGGUCUUGGACGGACUAGGAUUGCCUGCACGUGUGACAGCUCACCAUACCCCUACACAGCAGUUUCCAUCGCGUACGACUAUACUCAUUAAACUUGACAAAUCUGUACUAGAAAGGGAAGAAAUCUUCAAGUGAACACGUUCUGCAGUCUUCCCAUGUUCCAUCCUCUCAUCACGAAGAACGAUAAGUAUUGGUGUGUAACCGAUCACUAGCAAUACCCCAUACUGAGAGACCUGCAAUAAUAGCCCAUCAAUUCCCGUGGACUGUGUAUGCAGAAUAAGUUACUGCCC